CUUAAACUGAUGGCAUUUAACAGAUCCAUCCCAUCCUGCCUGACAGAGCAGCCGUGACACACGGAGCAGGACACAUCGCUUUCUGGGCCAGCAGCACACGGUAACUUUGGUUGGGUUUGGAGUUUCCAUGGCUUCUUGUACUUUGGUAUACAUUCGAUGAUAUGUGUAUGUAAAUACAACUAAGAAAUGAUGAGUGAGGACAGCAAAAGUAGAACAUUCUCAGAAAGCCUCGUCCUAGACAACUCUGAGCAAGGAGUUGUCAUUACAGGAAUCACAGAUGACACAGCUGCAAAGAGUGGCCUACGAGCAGGGGAUGAGAUUGUAGCAGCCACGAUACACCUGGACCACCUCAACAAAGAUGAAGUGCUAAGAUUCCUGCAGGCCCUGGAGCCAUAUGAUGACAACAUGAAGGUUCUGACAAAGAAGCAGCUCAGCGCCGGUGCUGACCUUGGCUCCUUGGGAUUAGAUCUUGAUGACCCUUCAAAGAUGCUAAACCUAAAGGAAGACCGGUCACUGGAUGCAGCAGCUUUUUCCGUUAAUGACAUGAGGGGAAAGCUAAAUGCUUCAAAGGGGUUGGGGGGGGAAAUAGGUGGUCCUACUCUCAAUGGAGGUCUUCCCAGUUUAGGUCUAAAUGAGCCUUCAGCUGAUGGUGGUGCCAAGUUCACAAUGCCCUCCUUAGGACUGUCUGGACCUGAUGUAAAUGGGGAUCUUGAUGGCACCCUCAAAGCACCUGAUAUCAGUGUCUCAGCUCCAAAGCUCAACACCCCCAAUGCCUCGCUGGGCAUUGAGAAACCGGAACUCAAGACAGGCAACAAGAAGUACAAGGCACCAAAGUUCACAAUGCCACACUUUAAUCUGCCUCACCUCAAAACGCCUAAAGCAGAAAUGGAUGUUUCUGGUGAUGUAGAUCUCCCUUCUGGAAAUGUAGAGACACCAGACCUCAAUCUAUCAGCCCCAAGAUUAGAUCUUAAUAGUCCAGGUUUGGAUCUGAAUGGGCCGAAAGUGAAUCUCAAUGGCCCUGAUGUAAACUUAGAAAGCCCAAAUGCUGAUUUUGAGGCACCCUCAGGCAAAAUCAAGUGGCCCCAUCUUAAAUGGAAAGGUCCCAAGGUUAAAGGACCAGAUGCUGACUUAAAUGCUGACCUGUCCGCACCUGAUGUAAGCCUCAACACGCCAAAGAUCGAUGCAGAUCUAAAGAUCCCUGCUUUAGAUGUUCAAAGCCCAAAUCUUGACAUUGAUGCCCAACCUGUUCAACCCAAGUGGCCACAUUUGAAAUGGAAGAAACCUAGAAUUAAUGACCCAAAGGCUGAUCUAGACUUAGAUGCAAACCUGAACACACCAAAUAUUGAUGCCUCCCUUCCAAAAGUGGAGGGUGGAAUAAAUGGCCCAGAUGUUGACAUCAAUUUGCCAAAGGCUGAUUUUGGAAGCCCCGAUCUAAAUCUGAAUUCCGGUAAAGCCCAAUGGCCUCACCAGAAAUGGAAGCUACCCAAACUUAAAGGACCAAAAGCAGACAUUGAUGCAGACCUAAACACACCAGAAUUGAAUGUGUCGACGCCAACGAUUGAUGGUGACCUUAAUGCACCAAAUGCUGAGCUGAAUCUUCCAGGAGCUGACAUUAAUGGCCCCAAUGUAGAUUUGCAGGCCCCCAAUCUUGACAUGGAUGCUAAAGACCAUCAUAUUAAAUGGCCUCAUUUGAAAUGGAAGAAACAAAAACUUAAUGGCCCCAAAGCUGAUAUGGACCUGAAUGCAGAUCUAAGCACCCCAGAUGUUGAUCUCUCUGUUCCAAAAAUUGAUGGGGAUAUUUCCACACCAGAUGUUGAUCUGAAUUUGCCCAGAGCUGAUGUUGAUGUUACAGCACCAGGUGCUGACCUUGAGGCCCCUCAUGGCAAAUUUAAAUUCCCAACACUCAAAAAGCCCAAGUUCCUGCUUCAUGGGCCAAAGGUGAAAGGCCCAGAUGUUGACCUUGAUGCUAAUGUUAAAGCUCCUGACCUGAGUCUUUCUCCUCAGGCAUCCCUUGAUGGGCCUGAUGUUGAUCUGAAUUUACCCAACGCUGGUGUUGAUGUUAAUGCACCAAAUGUAGGCAUUGAGGGUCAAUCUUGGAAGGGGAAAUUGCCUAAAACUCCAAAGUGGUCCCUCGCAGGUCCUAAGGUUAAUGGUCUAGAUGCAGAUGCUGAUAUUUCAGCCCCUGAUUUGAAUCUCACGUCUCCAAAAUUUGAUGGUGGAAUAAAUGCCCCAGAUGUUAAUCUAACUUUACCAAAUGCUGACCUGGAGGGCCCCAAGUUAGACAUUGAUGGUCCAGAUGUUGAAGGUCCUUCUGGAAAAGGGAAAUGGUUUAACUUCAAGAAACCCAAAGUGGGCACACUGAAGGGUUGGAAGGGUGGAAUUGAUACUGAUAUGAAGGUACCAGACACUGACCUCCAGACACCUAAGGUGGAUUUGGUUGCACCAGACUUUUCAACCCCAAAAAUGGAGGCUGGGAUAGACUCACCAGAUUUUGACAUUCAUUUGCCAAAAACUGAUCUGAAAGGUCCUGCUGUAGACCUUCAAGCUCCAGAGCUUGAUGCCAUAGCUGGAAAAAUCAGGUUCCCCAAAAUAGAUUUACCGAAGUUUGGUUCAUCAGGGCUGAGGGUAAAAGAACCUGAUCUUAAUCUUGAUGCCAACGUACCUAACCUGAAUUUCUCUGCACCCACUGUCAAAGGAGACCUCAGUACUCCAGAUCUAGAUGUGGGUUCUUCACUUAAGACAGAUAUUGACCUUUCAGGCCCACAGACCACCAUCAGCGUACCAGACCUUUCUACCCCAGAUGUUAAAGCUCCCCAGGUGAAUCUUAACUUGCCCAAAGCUGAUCUUAAGGGACCAAGCAUGGAUCUACCAAAGGCAGACCGUUAUGUACCUGACCUGAACCUGAAUGCACCACAUAUCAGCCUGCCCUCACAAAACAUUGAUGGAAACCUCUCAGCACCAAAAAUAGACACAGGAUUGCCAAAUGUGGACCUCAACCUGCCCAAAGCAGACCUCAAAGUACCUGAUGCACAGUUAAAAACACCAGGUAUAGGUUUUGAUUCCCAUGUGGGUGAAUUUAAUAUGCCUCAUUAUAACUUGCCAAAUGUUGGUCUUCCAAGUCCUGAGGUAAGAGUUCCAAGUAUUCAACCUUCAGUGGAGGCUGGAAUCGAGGCACCAAAAGUCAACAUUGACACUCCUGUGGUGGAUAUCAAAGGACCCGAAGCUCCAAAUGUAGAUGCCAAUCUUGAACAGUCCAAGUUGUCCAAAUUGUUCCAGAAUUUUAACUUUUCAGACCACACCAGUGCAGAUCUUGAAGUCUCACCUGAUGUGAAGGUCAAAGCUCCCACUGUAGAAGGAGGCAUCAGUUCACCUAAUGGAAAUGUCUCUGUUCCUGAAGUGAGGUCAGGCUUCAGCACACCUGAACUGGAUACCACAGGGGCUGAAGUUAAAGAGUCUCCAAAGAGUAAGCUUAGAUGGCCCUUUAAAUGGGGAUUAAAGUCUAGUACAAGUACCGAUGAAGAGGGAACCGGAACUGACUCUGAGACUGACGUGCCUAAUGCAGAGAUGGAGAUGCCUGUAUUCAAAACCCAUAGACUGCCCCGGAACAGCAUUGAUGCUAUUGGAGGAAUUGAUGAUACCUUCAACUUAUCAAAAGUAGAUACUGAGGCAAAGGAUUAUGUAGUCAGCAAAGGGAUCCGCUUGCCAAUAGUAAAUGCAACAUCAAAAGCAGGAGAAAAGGUUGACAUCAUGGAGAGACUAAAAAUGGCAAAAAAUAAAACACCAUCAGCUAGCAUCUCACCGAGCGAAGGGAAGGCUGAUAUCGAUCUGAAGCUAGCUGCCCCAAGUCUGGAUAUCAGUGCCUCAACAGAAGCAGAUUCCUCUUUGAUGAGAGGAGGUACCUUCAAAGUAGAAAAGCCAGAGUCUGCACUGGGCCUAGUGACCCCUGAAAUUUCCACAUCAGAUGAAAAUGACAAAUUGUCAUUGAGCCUCUCCAACAUGCUUGGCCUUAAUAUCAAGCAUUCAGAGGCUGAAUGAUUCCUGCCAGGCUAUAAGAAAAGCUAGUCCAGAAACUUUGUAAAUACAUUCAACUUAACCAAAUAUUUGCCUAGAAUUGACCACAGAUAAUGCAAGCUACAUGAUCCUUCUUAUGUCAUAACUUUAUGUAGCCUAGUCAAGAAACGUGUGUUUAUGAACUAUGUGUAUAUUCCUGUUAUUUAUAUAAGCUUUUUUUUUUUCUAAAGAUUGUUGAUUUUGAAGUAUGUUACUUAUUACAUGAAUGCCUCUGUAUUGCACGUGAUCACAUUGAGCUGUUUCUGAGAAGUGCAUUCAUCUUUAGAUGAUAAUAGAAUUGUGAGUGAAUGUAUUUGUUAUUUGUUUGUUCAAUAAAAAAACUCAAUAUAAAUAACUAAGAA